AUGUUUAAUUUCUCUCGUCGUUUUUUAAGUCAUCAUAUAAGUCCGCAAUACGGUGAUAAAGGUGUUUAUAUGCGAAAUUGGGAUACAACAGAUGAAAGUGGUGUUUGUACAAGUGAUCAGGAUUGGAGAGAUGUGCAAGCAGUUUGCAAACAGCUAGACAUUCCUUGUCGACAUGUUGACUUUACAAAAGAAUAUUGGGUAAAAGUAUUCACAAAAAUGGUAGAAGAUUAUGAAAAUGGGUUUACUCCAAAUCCUGAUAUCAUGUGUAAUCGUGAAAUCAAGUUUGGUUUAUUUUUAGAUAAAUGCUUGGAACCUAUGUUUAAUGCAAAGUGGUUUGCUACAGCUUCAAUUGUGAGAGAUGGUGUUUUAAUUUUAGGUGAUAGGACAUUAUGUUCAAGUAGAGCACAUUCACGGAAGAGCAUUGAUAGCGCUAAAGAUCAAAGUUAUUUCUUGUCAACUGUUCCUGAAGAAAGGCUUAAAUGGGCAAUGUUUCCAGUCGGCAAAUUAUAUAAAACACAAGUAAAAUCAAUAGCGAGUAAUGCAAAUCUUAUUACCGCAAAUAAAAAAGAAAGUAUGGGUGUUUGUUUUAUAGGUAAAAGGAAAAAAUUUGCCGAGUUCCUGAAACAAUAUCUUGUAACAAAACCUGGUGAUAUCAAAACUGUCGAUGGCAAAAUUAUAGAAAUAACCCACUUUUAUUUUCACGAAGCCUUGUUGCCAAGAAUUGGACUUGGUAUUUGCCUCCUGAAAAAAUCAAUGACUGAAUAUGAACCAGUCUUUAACGGUUGUUUGGUUCCCGAUCUUGAGAUCAGUCCGAACUGA